CCCCGGAACCUGGGUUGAGAAAGCUCGGAGCGUCGAGAACACUAUAAGAAGAAAUACACAUCGUUUUCUUUCUCAAAGCUAACCCAGUCUUAUUACAACUGAGUGUCGCUUCUCCGUGAACUUCAAAUCUUGAAGAAGAAGAAGAAGAUAGACCAUAACGGCGACGACAUGUCGGUGCAAGAGUAUCUGGACAAGCACAUGCUUUCUCGGAAAAUCGAAGACGCCGUCAAUGCCGCCGUCAGGGCCAAGACUCCCGAUCCCGUCCUCUUCAUCUCGAAUCAUUUGAGAAAAGCGGUUCCUUCCGUGAUUACGAAGGUGAAAGCUAGGCAGAUCCUCGAUAGCAGAGGAGUUCCGACGGUUGAAGUCGACCUUUACACCAACAAAGGAAUGUUUCGCGCUUCAGCUCCUAGUGGCGAUGCUUCUGGAAUGUACGAAGCCGUUGAAUUGCGCGAUGGGGACAAGGGAAUGUAUCUGGGAAACAGUGUUAAUAGAGCUGUUAAAAACGUUAAUGAAAAGAUAUCUGAAGCGCUGAUUGGCAUGGACCCAACGCUUCAGUCUCAGAUUGAUCAGGCUAUGAUAGACCUUGACAAGACUGAAAAGAAGGGUGAACUUGGAGCAAAUGCCAUAUUAGCUGUGUCAAUUGCUGCAUGCAAAGCUGGCGCUGCAGAAAAGGAGGUUCCACUAUACAAACACAUUGCCGUUCUUUCUGGAAGAACCAAUCUCACUCUUCCUGUCCCUGCUUUCACUGUUAUAAGCGGAGGAAAACAUGCUGGGAACAAUUUAGCCAUUCAGGAAAUCAUGAUUCUCCCGAUUGGAGCAAUUAAGUUUGAAGAGGCAUUGCAGAUGGGCUCCGAAACUUAUCAUCACUUGAAGGCUGUUAUUUCAGAAAAAUAUGGUGCCCAAGGAUGUAACGUUGGUGAAGAUGGUGGUUUUGCUCCAAACAUCUCCAGUGUUAAAGAAGGUCUGGAUCUCGUAAAAGAGGCUAUCAGCAGAACAGGGUACAACGAUAGAAUAAAGAUAGCGAUCGAUGCUGCUGCCACUGACUUUUGUAUGGGAACAAAGUAUGACCUGGAUUUCAAAUCUCCGAAUAAGUCAGGACAGAAUUUUAAGUCAGGAGAAGAUAUGAUUGACACGUACAAGGAACUUUGUACUGACUACUCAAUUGUCUCAAUUGAGGAUCCAUUUGACAAGGAGGAUUGGGAACAUAUCAAGCACUUUUCUAGCCUUGGACUUUGUCAGGUGGUAGGGGAUGACUUGUUAAUGUCAAAUCCAAAACGUAUCGAGCGAGCAAUAAAGGAGUCCACUUGCAAUGCUCUUCUUCUCAAGAUAAAUCAGAUUGGGACGGUGACAGAGGCUAUCGAAGUAGUGAAGUUGGCAAAGGAUGCCCACUGGGGAGUUGUGACAUCUCAUAGAUGUGGUGAAACUGAAGACUCCUUCAUUGCUGAUUUAUCUGUUGGCCUCGCUACUGGUCAGAUAAAAGCGGGUGCUCCUUGCAGGGGAGAGCGGCUGGCAAAGUACAAUCAGUUGCUUCGAAUUGAAGAAGAGCUUGGUGAUCAUGCAGUUUAUGCUGGUGAAGAUUGGAGGCAAUAGUCCAAAUCAUUUCCUCGUAAUUGGUUUUAUUAACCUUCACUUUGCAAAAUGGGGUCCCAGAAUUUUUAAGAUCAUAUACUAUUCUUCUGCUGCCGUUUUUUCUUUUUCUUUCCUAGGUGCUUCGUUUGUUGUUGUUCGAGUGUCUUUUUUUUCUGUUUUUUAAUGAGAUUGUGUAGAGAGCAUCAAAGGAUGUGUAACCGAGAUUGCAAAGUUCUUGAGAUGGACAUGAGCUAUUGAAAUUGUUGAGAAAAGUGACAGUGAAAGAAGAAAUUAUUUUUUGCUAAUGGAUUCAAAUAUCAAGCUUUACCAUUUA